AUUAGGAUCUAGAAACCACUAGUAUACUCGGAAAUUUGUUUGAAUUGGUUCGCAACGUGUUCAAAUUGGUUUGCAAUGUGUUACCUUUGGUUUGUAAUGUGCGGGUAUUGAAAGUAGAUUGCCAUUAAGUUGUUGUUGAAUUUUUGUGGUGAGAUCAUGUUGCUGUCCAUGUGAAUUGGGGAAAAGAAAAUGGCAAUGACUGUCUACAUCUUUGCAAGGAUUUUGCUCUUGGGAAGAACUCCUGUUUGACAAGCAAUUUAUGUCUGACCUAUCUUCUAUGGAUAGAUUAAUUGGAAGAAUUAUCGAUUAACUUAAUGAGAUUCAGUUGCUCAUAUAGUUUUUUGCUUGUCACAUAUUUUCCAACGGUGACUUUCCUGUGGGACAUAAUCUGUCUCUUUUUCUGGAUUACAUUUAAACAACAAAGAAGUUUGAUAUUUCAAGGAAUUAACACUUAUCACAAAACCUGAUGCAAGUAAGAACCAAACCCAUAUUAACCAAAGGGUUCUGCAUUAUAAAUUGCGCCUUCUACAGUGUACUACUUAACUUGAGCUCUAUUUUUAAAAAGCAAGUCAAGAAGCCAAGAUAACAGCUAGAAAUUAGCAUUAAGGUCUGCUUCGAAUUUCAGUGAAAAAUAUAUGUUCCAUCUUUGAGCCGCAUUGAGCAAAACAAAAUGGACCGAGCUCGUGUAUAUCUUAUUGGGACUCUUGUUGUUUGUUUUUGGGUUGUCAUGGCUCAAUCAGAGUACAUAAAGUAUAAGGAUCCAAGCCAGCCGAUAGAAAUACGAAUAAAGGACCUGAUGAAAAAGAUGACCUUAGAGGAAAAGAUAGGACAAAUGACGCAGAUCGAAAGAACUAUGGCUUCCGUUGAGGUCAUAAAGAAUUAUUUUAUUGGAAGUGUGUUGAGUGAUGGAGGGAGUGUCCCAAACAAACAGGCAUCUCCUGAGGACUGGGUAAACAUGGUAAAUAAAAUUCAAAUGGGUGCAUUAUCAACCCGCCUUGGCAUACCCAUGAUCUAUGGAAUCGAUGCUGUUCACGGCCAUAACAAUGCCUACUCUGCAACAAUAUUCCCACACAACAUUGGUUUAGGAGCAACCAGGGAUCCUGAAUUGGUGAAAAAGAUUGCUGCAGCUACUGCUCUUGAAGUGAGAGCUACAGGGAUACCUUAUGCCUUUGCACCUUGUAUCGCGGUUUGUAGAGAUCCAAGGUGGGGUCGCUGUUAUGAAAGUUUUAGCGAAGAUCCCAGAAUAGUUCGAGCGAUGACUGAGGCCAUACCAGGACUACAGGGAGACAUCUCUGCUGAUUCUCGUAAGGGGUAUCCCUUUGUUUCUGGAAAGGAUAAAGUUGCAGCAUGUGCCAAGCAUUAUGUGGGUGAUGGUGGAACCAUUAAUGGCACCAAUGAGGGCAAUACUCUGGUAAGCUUUGAUGAGUUGCUCAAAAUCCACAUGCCAGCCUACAAUGAUUCUGUUAGCAAGGGUGUGGCAACUGUCAUGGCCUCCUUUUCGAGUUGGAAUGGGGUAAAAAUGCAUGCUAACUAUGCUCUUCUCACGGGUUUUCUGAAAAACACUUUAAAGUUCAAGGGAUUUGUCAUAUCAGACGAAAAAGGUCUUGACAAGAUGACAUCUCCCCCUCAUGCAAAUUACACUUACUCCAUUGAGGCUUCAAUCAAUGCUGGCAUUGACAUGGUGAUGGUACCAUUUAACUAUACAGAAUUCAUUGAUGGUCUAUCAUUCCUAGUGAAGAAUGACUUCAUUCCCAUGACAAGGAUUGAUGAUGCAGUGGAAAGAAUUUUACGAGUAAAGUUUGUGUUGGGCCUUUUUGAGAACCCAUUGGCUGAUUAUAGCAUGGCUAAAUACUUGGGAUGUAAGGAGCAUAGAGAAUUAGCAAGGGAGGCUGUAAGAAAAUCUCUUGUGCUGUUGAAGAAUGGAAAUUCAGAAAAGCAGAUUUUGCUACCACUUCCUAAAAAGACAUCAAAAAUACUUGUGACAGGAACUCAUGCUGACAAUAUUGGAUACCAGUGUGGUGGUUGGACAGUAGAAUGGCAGGGUGUUAGCGGAAACAUCACAGCUGGUACAUCGAUUUUAACUGCUAUUGAAAGAACGGUUGAUGUGGAGACAGAAGUUGUGUAUCAAGAAAACCCUGAUGCCAGCUUUGUCAAGUCCAACAAAUUCUCUUAUGCCAUAGUAGUCGUGGGGGAGCACCCUUAUGCAGAGACAGAGGGAGACAGCAUGAAUUUAACAAUUUCUGAUCCUGGUCCAAGCAUUAUUACUAAUGUUUGUGGCAAUGUAAAAUGUGUUGUUGUCCUUGUUACUGGACGUCCAGUAGUUGUUCAGCCUUAUAUGUCUACUAUUGAUGCCCUUGUGGCUGCUUGGCUUCCUGGAUCAGAAGGACAAGGUGUGGCAGAUGUUUUGUUUGGCGACUAUGAAUUCACGGGCAAGCUUCCACAUACCUGGUUUAUGACUGUUGAUCAACUCCCAAUGAAUGCAGGAGAUCAAAAUUAUAAUCCUUUAUUCCCAUUUGGAUUUGGCCUUACAACGGAGGCUAUUCGGACAGUAUCUUAUCAGAAACAGACAAGUUAGAGUAGCAGAAAUGAUAUGAAACAGUGUGAUAAAUGAACUAUGUUCACUUUGUAUUUCCUACGUAGUCGCAGUAUUUUCAAAUAA